AUGAAUGAUGAUAUUAUUGAGCUGAAUGUCGGCGGGACAUGCUACAGCACCAUUCGAGAAACGUUGAUGAGGGAACCUGACACGCUUCUUUUCAGAAUAGCGAACGGUUCAUCAGUUUUACCAAAAGACGUUAUAAGACUUGACAACAACAAAUUUUUCAUCGACAGAGAUGGGUUGCUGUUUUCGCAUAUUCUCAAUUACUUAAGAAGCGAAAAGUUAAUAUUACCAAAAGGGUUCAACGAUACAUUGCGAUUACUUAACGAGGCUGAAUUUUACGGAAUCCAUAAGCUACGCUUCAUUCUCGAUACCCAAAUCACUCCCCUGAACUUAUUAAAACCAAGACUAUCUAAUGGAAGCUGCAACACUGGUGACACAGGUGGCUACAUUACUCUUGGGUAUAGAAGCACUUUCGCAUUUGGAAGAGAUGGUCAGGCUGAUAUUAAAUUUCGAAAACUACAAAGAAUACUCGUUUGCGGAAAAGCGACGUUGUGUCGCGAAGUCUUUGGUGACACACUCAACGAAAGCCGCGACCCGGGUGGGCCAGAUGAUGGUGAUCGUUACACGUCUCGACUCUAUCUCAAGCAUCAAUGCCUCGAACGAGCAUGCGAUAUGAUGGCUGAGAAGGGUUUCAAACUUGUCGCUACAUGCUGCAGUGGAGCAAACGGACUUGCUGCACCCAAUUAUCCGAUAGCCUCCGGUAGUCCAAUUAGCUCAAGCCAAACGGAUAUGGUCAAUUAUCGGAACUGUGGUGACUAUGAGGAACAGCGAUGGGCGCAUUACACCGAGUUUGUGUUCUUUCGAGAAGGACAGACCGGCACACUGACUCCUUCUCCUAGAGGACCGUAG